UUCCCUUUACCCUUAUCCUAAUCAUUAGAAGCCAAUCCUCUCAUCAUUACCAAAAUCCUCUCCUUCAUAAAAUUAGAAAAAAUAAAUAAAUAUUAUAGUAUGCAGUUCUAGUAUAUUUAAAGUGAAAAAAGGAGAGGGUCAAAGAGGGGGAAUACUAAGCCAGGUAAGCAGGCGGGGAAAUGGAAAAGAAGGAAAGAGGACCCUGUCUGCUCUGGCUGGGUUCUGUUCUAUUCUUUAACGGAAUUUUAAGAGAGAGAGAGAGAGAGAGAGUUUCUCUGUCUUUGCCAGUCUGUCAUUUAUCUUCAUUUUCUAUAUUAAUUUUUUUCUUAUUUUAAUUACCAUAUGCUUUCUCUUCUCUCCUUAUAUACAAGGUGUAAACGGAUUUCUUCUUCUCUUUAACAAUUUGGCUCUGCUCUGUUUUUUUUUUUUUUUUGAUUCUAAGGACAAAGACUUUGACACCUCAGAAACAUCAAGGUUUCUCCUUUAACAUGAGUCUUUUCGGCCUCGGUAGCAGAAACCAGAAGACGUUUAGGCCUAAGAAGAAUGCUCCAUCCGGAAGCAAGGGUGCUCAGCUUCAAAAGCAUAUUGAUGCUACCUUGGGUAGCGGGAACUUGAGAGAAGCUGUUCGGCUACCACCUGGAGAAGAUAUCAACGAGUGGUUAGCUGUAAACACGGUGGAUUUCUUCAAUCAGGUGAAUAUCCUGUAUGGCACUCUAACUGAGUUCUGCACUCCAAACAGCUGUCCAACGAUGACAGCAGGACCAAAAUACGAGUAUAGAUGGGCCGAUGGAGUUACUGUUAAGAAGCCUAUAGAGGUAUCUGCUCCGAAGUACGUAGAGUAUCUGAUGGACUGGAUUGAAGCUCAGCUGGAUGACGAAGCGAUUUUCCCACAAAGAUUGGGGGCGCCCUUUCCACCCAAUUUUGGAGAUGUUGUCAAGACAAUAUUCAAAAGACUGUUCCGAGUAUAUGCUCACAUCUACCACUCACAUUUUCAGAAGAUCGUGAGUUUGAAGGAAGAAGCUCAUUUGAAUACUUGCUUUAAGCAUUUUGUUCUGUUUGCAUGGGAAUUCCGGUUGAUUGACAAAGGAGAACUUGCACCUCUGUCCGACCUUGUGGACUCUAUUUUGCAGUUGUAGCGCAAUGAAUUUGUUUUUUACUAUUAUUAUUAUUUUCUUUUCUUUCUUUAAAUGUUUUGGAUAGACAUUUUUGUGAGCUUUCUGUUUGCUCGUGUAAUUUUUUUUGUGGAGCAAAGAUGCCUUGAAGCAUCUCUCGUCUCCUUUCUCCUUCAUUGGUGUUGUUUUCAUUAAUUAGUAAUGGCAGACCAGGUUUUCCCCAUUGUAAAGUUGUAGUGCUUAGGAUUGUAAGCCAAGGCUGCUACUUGAAGCACCAAUUUCGCA